AUUUAGUCCACAGCACCUAGCUCCCUAGAGGUCUCUCAGCCUGAACUGAAACGGCACGCCUGAGACCUGGGAGUAAACACUGCACAGAAAUCUCUGCUCAUCUCCAAAGAAAUAAAACUUAGGAAAAAUGUUUGCGGUACACUUGGUGGCAUUUUACUUCACCAAGCUGAAGGAGGACCAGAUCAAGAAGGUGGACAGAUUCCUGUAUCACAUGCGGCUCUCUGAUGAGACGCUUUUGGACAUCAAGGCGCGGUUCCAGGCUGAGAUGGAGAAGGGCCUGAGGAAGGACACCAACCCCACAGCCUCAGUGAAGAUGCUGCCCACCUUUGUCAGGGCCAUUCCAGAUGGCUCCGAAAAUGGAGAGUUUCUUUCCCUGGAUCUUGGAGGAUCCAAGUUUCGGGUGUUAAAGGUGCAAGUCUCUGAAGAGGGGAAGCGAAACGUCCAGAUGGAGAGCCAGUUCUACCCAACACCCAAUGAAAUUAUCCGAGGGAACGGCUCUGAGCUGUUCGAUUAUGUAGUUGACUGCCUGGCCGAUUUCAUGAAGACUAAAGAUUUGAAGCAUAAGAAAUUUCCUCUUGGACUAACUUUUUCAUUUCCCUGCAAGCAGACUAAAUUGGAAGAGGGAGUCCUGCUUUCAUGGACCAAGAAAUUUAAGGCGCGAGGAGUCCAGGACACAGAUGUAGUGGGUCAUCUGACAAAAGCCAUGAAAAAACACCCGGACAUGGAUGUGGACAUCCUGGCCUUGGUCAAUGACACCGUGGGGACCAUGAUGACGUGUGCCUACGACGAUCCCUACUGUGAAGUUGGUGUCAUCAUUGGAACUGGCACCAAUGCAUGUUAUAUGGAGGACAUGAGCAACAUUGACCUAGUGGAAGGCGACGAGGGAAGGAUGUGCAUUAACACGGAGUGGGGGGCCUUUGGGGAUGAUGGCGCUUUGGAAGACAUCCGCACGGAGUUUGACAGGGAGCUGGACCUCGGUUCUCUCAACCCAGGGAAGCAACUAUUUGAGAAGAUGAUCAGCGGCCUGUACCUGGGGGAGCUCGUCAGGCUCAUCUUGCUGAAGAUGGCCAGGGCUGGCCUCCUGUUUGGCAGCAAGAAAUCCUCUGCUCUCCAUACUAAGGGCAAGAUUGAGACACGACAUGUGGCUGCCAUGGAGAAGUAUAAAGAAGGCCUUGCCAACACCAGAGAGAUCCUUACAGACCUGGGCCUGGAGCCGUCAGAGGCUGACUGCAUUGCGGUCCAGCAUGUCUGCACCAUCGUCUCCUUCCGCUCAGCCAAUCUCUGUGCUGCAGCCUUGGCGGCCAUCCUGACACGCCUCCGGGAGAAUAAAAAGCUAGUGCGGCUCCGGACCACAGUGGGUAUGGACGGUACCCUCUACAAGAUACACCCCCAGUACCCGAAACGCCUGCACAAGGUGGUGAGGAAACUAGUCCCAAACUGUGAUGUCCGCUUCCUCCUGUCUGAGUGUGGCAGCGCCAAGGGGGCUGCCAUGGUGACUGCAGUGGCCUCCCGUGUACAGGCUCAGCGGAAGCGGAUUGAUGAGGUGCUGGCUUUGUUCCGGCUAACCCACGAGCACCUUGUGGACAUGCAGGAAAAAAUGAGGGUUGAGCUCGAGUAUGGGCUGAAGAGGAAGACCCACCCGAUGGCCACGGUCAAGAUGCUACCCACUUAUGUCUAUGGGAUGCCAGAUGGCACAGAGAAAGGGAAGUUCCUUGCCCUGGACCUGGGUGGAACCAACUUCCGGGUCCUCCUGGUGAAGAUCAGAAGAGGGCGAAAGUCAGUGCGGAUGUACAACAAGAUCUUUGCCAUCCCCCUGGAGAUCAUGCAGGGCACAGGCGAAGAGCUGUUUGACCACAUUGUGCAGUGCAUUGCUGACUUCCUGGACUACAUGGGCCUCAAGGGAGCCCAGCUACCUUUGGGCUUCACAUUUUCCUUUCCCUGCAGACAGACAAGUAUUGACAAGGGAAUACUCAUAGAGUGGACCAAAGGCUUCAAGGCCACAGACUGUGAAGGGGAAGAUGUGGUGGACAUGCUCAGAGAAGCCAUCAAGAGGAGAAAUGAGUUUGACCUGGAUAUAGUUGCAGUGGUGAAUGACACGGUAGGGACCAUGAUGACCUGUGCCUAUGAAGAUCCCAAUUGUGAGAUUGGCCUAAUUGCAGGAACAGGCAGCAAUGUAUGCUACAUGGAGGAGAUGAGGAACAUCGAGCUGGUGGAUGAGGACGAAGGGAGGAUGUGUAUCAACACAGAGUGGGGGGGAUUUGGAGAUAAUGGCUGCAUGGAUGAUAUCCGGACCCAAUACGACAAGGAGGUGGAUGAGGGCUCCUUGAAUCCUGGAAAACAGAGGUAUGAGAAAAUGACAAGUGGAAUGUACCUGGGUGAGAUAGUGCGGCAGAUCCUCAUCGACCUGACCAAGCAGGGUCUCCUCUUCCGCGGGCAGGUUUCAGAGCGUCUCCGGACUAGGGGCAUCUUUGAAACCAAGUUCUUGUCCCAGAUUGAAAGUGACCGACUGGCCCUCCUCCAGGUCAGGGGGAUCCUGCAGCAGCUUGGCCUGGACAGCACGUGCGAGGACAGCAUUGUGGUGAAGGAGGUGUGUGGAGCUGUGUCCCGGCGGGCAGCCCAGCUCUGUGGCUCUGGCCUGGCAGCCAUCGUGGAGAAAAGGAGGCAAGACCAGGGCCUUGAGCAACUGAGGAUCACUGUGGGCGUGGAUGGCACCCUGUACAAGCUGCACCCUCACUUUUCACGGAUAUUGCAGGAAACUGUGAAAGAGCUCGCCCCUCAAUGCGAUGUGACGUUCAUGCUGUCAGAAGAUGGCAGCGGAAAGGGAGCAGCUUUGAUCACUGCUGUGGCCAAGAGGUUACAGCAGCCAUGGAGGGAGAACUAGGGACACCCUGGGGUUGGGCAUGAUGUGCCUGGGACUCUGACCAGCCUUUCGUCUGGCAGUGAGUUAGUCAGGAACCAGCAAGAAACUUCUUGGCAGACUUCACCUUCUGGAUGGCUCAGGGAUAUACCCA